AAAAAACUGAUCCAGUAUAAAACCAUUCUGGUCCGGUGCAAAAAAAAAAAAAAACAAUCCCGGCUCCCGUGCUAAUCUGAAGAAAAUAAGCGCAGCAGCCAAGCCAGGUACACGCAUCACGCACGCCUCAGCAGUCGCCCGCAGGAGUGCAGACCACUCGCAUCGCCGAUUCGCCGGACGCCGCCGCACCUCCGCUCAUCCGCUCCGCCUCUUCUGCUUUCCGGCUGCUACUGCUCGUCUGUGCAGGCGGAGGAAUAUUACUACGCUGCUGCUCUGAGGAAGUCAGGAAGACUCUGCUCUUCUUCCGAGCCCAAAGAUCGGGCUAUUUUUGGAGGCACAAUCCUAUUGAGUGGCUUUUCUGGAGGAUUCCAGUCUCAACACAGCCUAAGACAGGAAUAUGCUGGGGUCAUUGCCCAUAUUGCCUCUCCCUCCUGCUACUGAGGAUGGAAAUCUUGGUCCAUUGCCUCUAGCUCAAUUGACAGAAAAGGACAAAGAUGAUGUUAAUGAAAUGAAUGAGGAGGAAAAGAACAAAAGCAGUUCAGCCUUAGCAUCAGUUGCGACACAUGCAAAAACUAUUGGGAUCAUUUACCCACCUCCUGAUAUUAGAAGCAUUGUUGACAAGACAUCUCAGUUUGUUGUUAAGAAUGGUCCAGAAUUUGAGAGAAGGAUUGUUCUGAGCAAUGCAGGGAAUGCAAAGUUUAAUUUUUUGAACCCCUCAGAUCCUUAUCAUGCUUACUAUCAACACCGCUUGUCCGAGGGCCGUGCACAGAAUUUGGCUUCUGGUCAGCAGCUUCCAUCAAAGAUAGCCGAUUCAGAUGCUCCAGAAUCAGCCCCUUCUGCACCUUCAUCUGAUUCCAUUGAUGCAAUGGCAAAGCCCGACCCAUCUGCACAGUUCAGACCCAUUCGCAAGGUUCUUGAACCACCAGAAGCGGAACAGUAUACUGUUCGGCUUCCUGAGGGGAUCACAGGAGAGGAAUUGGAUAUCAUCAAGCUUACUGCGCAGUUUGUAGCAAGGAACGGGAAGUCUUUUCUGACAGGGUUGACCAGUAGAGAGAUCAACAAUUCUCUAUUUCAGUUUCUGAAGCCUACACAUAGCAUGUUUAUGUUUUUCACUUCACUGGCAGAUGCGUACUCAAAGGUCCUAAUGCCUCCUAAAGGCUUGACUGAUAAACUGAGGAAGAGUGCUGCUGACAUGACGACUAUACUUGAACGGUGCCUAAAUCGGUUGGAAUGGGAAAGGUCACAGGAACAGGCUAGACAGAAAGCUGAAGAUGAAAUAGAAUUAGAGAGAUUGCAAAUGGCUAUGAUCGAUUGGCAUGAUUUUGUUGUGGUGGAGACUAUAGAUUUCGCUGAUGAUGAGGAUCAUGAUUUACCCCCUCCUAUGACCCUUGAGGAGGUUAUCAGGAGGAGCAAGAUGUCAUCGAUGGAUGAGGAGGAAGAUUUUGUUGAGCCAGGGAAAGAAGUAGAAAUGGAGAUGGAUGAGGAGGAGGUUCAACUCGUUGAAGAAGGCAUGAGAGCCACUACCAUUGAGGACAAUUCUGUCCAAAAUUCUGAAAUUAUGGCAAUAACAGAGGAUCAUGAUCCGCCCAUGAGAAUUGUGAAAAAUUGGAAAAGGCCCGAAGAGAGGUCCCUUCCGGAAAGAGACCCAACAAAGUAUGUCAUUUCUCCUAUAACCGGGGAGAUGAUUUUGAUCAGUGAGAUGUCUGAGCAUAUGAGGAUCUCUCUUAUUGAUCCUAAAUACAAGGAGCAGAAAGAGAGAAUGUUCGCGAAGAUUAGGGACACAACCCUUGCUCAGGAUGAUGAAAUUUCUAGAAACAUUGUUGGGCUCGCUAGGACACGGCCCGAUAUUUUUGGAACCACAGAAGAAGAAGUGUCAAAUGCAGUUAAGGCCGAGAUCGAGAAGAAAAAGGAAGAGCCAAAACAGGUCAUAUGGGAUGGUCACACUGGAAGCAUUGGUCGAACAGCUAGCCAGGCAUUGUCCCAAAACAGUGCAGAAGAUCAAUAUGAUUUUGUAAAUGAUGCAAGGAAUCUUCCGGGCCCACAAGCACCACCCCCUCCCAGGCCUGGGUUGCCAUCAGUUCGACCACUUCCUCCACCACCUGGUCUGGCAUUAAACAUCCCUCACGCUCCUAAUACUUACCUCUAUCCAACUCAUGGUACCCCUGGGGUUAUUGUUCCACCUCUUCCCAGGCCUCCUGUGAUUAACACAAUCCCACAGUUGCAACCCCCACACCCUACCAACUCACCCAUGUCUGGGCAGCAUCUUAUGGUUAACCGUCCCCCAAUGCACCCAUCAAUGCCCAUCAGUGCUCCCAACAUUUCGGUACCAUUACCACCUGGCUCUCAAUAUACACCUAUCGGUCCUCCUCGACCUUCCUUUGUUCCCCAUCCCAUGUCCCAAUCUGGAAUGAAUGUGGUUCCACCACCUCCAAUGCUACCCCAUGGAAUGCCUCCACCACCUCCGCCCGAAGAAGCUCCACCACUUCCAGAGGAACCAGAGCCUAAAAGGCAAAAGCUUGAUGAGUCUAUACUCAUUCCUGAGGACCAGUUCCUGGCCAAGCAUUCGGGUCCUGCCCGUAUCAGCAUUACUGUACCAAAUGUUGAUGAGGGAAACCUCAAAGGCCAGGUAUUGGAAAUUUCAGUGCAGUCCUUGUCUGAAACUAUUGGCAGUUUGAAGGAGAAGAUAUCUGGUGAGAUCCAGCUUCCUUCAAACAAGCAGAAGCUGAGUGGGAAGGCUGGUUUUCUCAAGGACAACUUGUCGCUUGCCUAUUACAAUGUUUUUUCUGGAGAAACACUCAAUCUUUCACUCAGAGAACGUGGUGGCAGAAAGAGAUAAAUAUCUAGGGCUUCAUUCUUACUGUUGUUAUGUUAGUUUUUGAGAUUUUAUUUCAUAUGUACCUCUAACAGUGCUUUUUGAGUUUUUUUUAAUUUAAAAUGUCUUUGAGCUGAUGGUAUGGUAAUCCUCUUUCUGUCUUACAGAAUUCGCAACUUGGUAAGCUGACCUCCCUUCCCAACCGAGCUUUAAUUGGUCUCUAUUGAAAUCUAUCAUAUUCGAUUGUCUUGAUGUUGUAUAUGUUUCUUGCUUCAAGUAUUUUUGGAUGAAUCUCCUGUUAGCAGGCAGUAUGUGUUUUGCUUAUUUAAAAACAUAAUUCAAGCUUCAAGUUGCCCUAAGAUGUUCAGGUAUCAUAGGUUUCAACACCCAUGCUAUGGGCUGUCUGUCUCUCUUCUUUGUUUUUGCUGAGUAUAUACGAGAAGAGCAUUCAAAGACCAGCUGCUACCCUUUGGCAGUUUGGGCUAGGCUUCUGAUUGGAGAAAUUCAGCAUUUUUUGUGUUCUGUAGAUGUGAAACCAUUCUUUCAUGGUUUCGCUCUUGACCAGGUCUUUGUGGAAUUGGUGAUUUUGCAACUUUGUGAAGUUACACGAUACCUAAAGUUGAAUAAAUGAGUGUAAUACUGUAAUUUACUAUAAAUACAAUGUUAUGUUUUUUUAGCUGUGCAGACUAAUAUUAUGCAGGAUUGCAGAUUUGCAGGACGAUUGAGUAGUUAAAAGCAAGGUUCCCGAAGUUCUAAAAGGUUAUGGGUUGUUAAGAAUACCAGUUAUUUGCGCUUGAAAUGCAUUAUUUUGGUAAUAUAUAUUUUGGUUCACUUGUAUGUGUUCGUUGUUGGAGGUAUUCUCACAAUUUGAGGCAUAAAAUUACAAAGAUUUUUUGGGUGAUGUUUGAAAUUGUGUAUUGCUUGGUUGGGCGUUGGGGUGGUUUGUAGAGAUCGUAUAUUGCCUAAUCUUCAUUACAAGAUACGAAGUUAAACGCAAGCCACAAUUUCAGAAUAAUUGUAAAAGAACAAUUGAAGUAAUAAUGAAAAUAUUGACAAGAAGAAAUCAUCUUUCACCGAUUUUUUCAGAAUAAUUUCACUUUUAUAAAUUAAAUAGUCUUUCACUGAUGACUUCAUUGACUUGUUAUUCUAGGGUUUCACAUAUUUUGUGAAAAAUAUUAAACAAAUAAUCUCGUCUCAUUGAUUCUCAAAAUAGUAUGAUGUAAGAUUUUCUUUUCUCCCGGAUAGUUUUCUUUCUUUGUUUUUAUCCCUUCAUACUUUUCUAUUUCUUUUUCCGUUUUGUUGCAACUUCUUUUCCAUAUUUCUUGUUCUAUUUCUC